AUGAGGAGAGCAUGGAAAAAGAUAUUGAAGGUCAUUAAUCCUACGACUCGUUCUCUUCCCCAACCGCACGAGAGGUUGAAGAGGUGGAAAGGAAGUAGAAGAGGGUGCCGUUCGACCAACCUCUCAGGACAAGCUGCUCACGGAGGUGCCCAAGUACAAGCGGACUAUGUUCUCUGUCCUCCCCUAGAAGCGCCAACUGCUGAAUACAAGAAGAUUAGGGCUAAAAAUUUGAUGAGGAACAACCGCAUAUUCCAAUCACUUGGCAUCACUGCAUUAGGUAUGAUGGAAACCUGUCAGUCGAACAAGGAGAACCGUUUCGAAGUUAAGUUCCAUCAGAAAACUGGUUCUCGCCCCUACAUUUCUCAUGUUCAUGCUUUGAAAGAGGCUCGUAAGGGUGAAGAGUUGACUUUGUUUGAUCUAUUCAAGGAGUGCCACAAUGGCAAGAAGACUGAUUUCUCUGAGCCAGUUAAGAAGGCGAUAGCAAGUUUCUACUAUUCUUUUCUGUGUUGA